CCUCCUCACCAGUCGAAUUCUUAGCGAUAUUCGGACCCGUGUCACAGGAAACAGGGAACGCAAAUUCAUCUUUGGGUGUCACACAUUGUCUACGUUCAAAAUGUCGUUGAGAGACUUCCCAUUCUUGACUCCUGAGGAGUUUUCCGAAAUAUGCCAUCACUUCGAUAGCCAAUAUUGCCGUGCCACCCUGGGCCCGAUGCGACGGCGUUGGAAAAUGAGGGUCUGCACGGCACUUGAUACAUCAUUCGCUUCGGGCGUUGAAUACACUACUUAUUUGCAAAUCAUCCGGCCACUCGAGGCUACGUUGGACUGCGGCGAUCUCUCCUCCGUUCUGGACAAUUUCUCAUUUGGCGGGAGUGCUUCAGACAAGGACGCUCUGGGAUUAGGUGACGAGGCAAUGAUUGAUGAUGAAGAGUCUGACGAGGCUGCGCUCUCCAAGUCACACGUUCCUGAUUCCGGUCAUGUCGUCUACGAAGUGCAUUGGCAUCCCACAUAUCGGAUGCCUUGCCUGUGGUUCACAUUACAUGGACUGCCAGCCGACGAGCCUGCAUUCAACCUUGACACUGUCUUUCGAAGACUCGUGCCCGAUCAGUUCAAGGAUGCUCUCCGAAGGUCCAGUGGCAUCGGAGGAAUCUCCGGCGAUCACCACCCCCUCACGGGAUUACCGUCAUUCUUCAUUCAUCCAUGCCUGCUCGGGGACGCCAUGUCGGGGUUCAACUGCUCCAAGGAGCAGUACAUGAUGCUAUGGCUCGGCCUGGUGGGCGGAUGCGUCGGGCUCUGGGUGCCCAAAGAGAUGGCCCUGGAAUCAACCGGCUGAAGCUCGCCGCUGCCGGGACCCUCCUGCCUACCUUACUUUCACCGUGGUUGAAAACAAGUGUAAGGCUAAGAUUCUCAAUCGUCAUCGCUGUCCUCUUCCAUGGCAACAUCACUGUCCUCGUCUUCCUCCUCGUCUCUGGUCCGUUUCUGGCCUCUUGCAUCAGCAGUUUGGGCGUCAGCCAUGGUUUGAUCACCCCCAGCUGCUGGCUUC